AUGAUCGAGUUGAGAAUCAUAAAAUGCAAGGCGAAUGAGCUCUACUUCCAAAAUUUUAGCCACACUCAUCAAAGCAACAGGAAGACUCUAGACUCAACUUACACAAUGCAUUCAAAUAACUCUCAUCCUUUAACAUUCAAUUAUUUCAGAACCGUGAAUCAACCACUCAUGCAUUUCAAAGUACUCGCUUGGCUCAAAGGGGGAAUUUCGACGAAGAAAUCGAGCACCGCCUCUGAAUUCCAUUCUCUGGUGACGAGUCGGCGACGACGACGAGUCGACGAAGACGACGAAGCUCUAUCUUCCAGUUCGAGCUCUAUUGCUUUCCGACUUCAAUCAAGAGUUUAG